AUGGCCAAUGUGUCCAAGCUAAUAGGGGUCCCUCACGGAUCAAUUCUCACCAACAUCGGUGACCGAGUCAGGGCGAAGGAAAAGGCCCGCGAGUUCGGCCUUGGUGUGCUUCAGGACAUACCCAAACUUCUCCAACCUAUCUCCAACCCCAGUCACAAGCAAGAUGUGAAAGAUUGGGAGACUAAUCUCCAGAAUUUGAAGCGUACAUCUCAGUCUCGAGAAAUCCUCGUCGGCGUCCAAGGCGAAACAGGUCUGGGAAAGAGCUCCCUUCUCAAUGAGCUUCUUCGAAGCGAUAUCGUUCCGACGUCACAAGUGGAAGCUUGCACGGCAGCUGUUUGUAUCUACGGGUACAACCAUGAAGUUGGAGACAACAAGCGCUACAGGGCCAAGAUCAAAUUCAAGAGUUGGGCCACUGUCGAAGCUGAGCUAGACGGUAUCAAGGAAGAGCUUGCAGACCCAGGUAACCAACAUGAAGCUCAAGAUGACGACGAUGCAGACCAAGACGGAGGUUGCACUUACUACAACAAACGGAAUAUCGACAUUAUUCGCGCUUGGUCGGGUCUGAAGGAGGAAGAUGUCCGAAAUCUUUCAUCGAUUCAGAUCAUGGAGAAAGGGAACUUUAAUAAAAUUCGCGGUCGGGGAGCUCGGAUAACCAGCGACGAGAAAACUUGCGAGAAAACCAUUUCAGCCCCCAAUGCGAAUCAGUUUAAGAAGAUCCUGAGGCCUUUCGCGGAGAGUGUGGAACUGAACUCACACAGGACUCAGUAUUGGCCGUUGGUCGAGCAGGUCGAGGUAUAUCUCAAGGCCCCCAUUCUCCGUCAUGGCAUCAGACUCGUUGAUCUCCCCGGCACUCAAGAUGCUCUAUCUUUCCGGGCAGAGAUUGCUGAGACAUUCCAAGACCGAUUGGCGAAACAGAUUGUCGUUUCUCCGGCAUCCCGAGCAGGAGACAAUAAGGCAGCCGCAGACCUCAUCUUCACGGAGAACGACUUGAUGAGAUUUCAUUUGGACAACAAGUUCAAAGCAGACUCUCUUUGUGUGGUGAUCACCAAGAUCGAUGACAUCCAAACCGCCAAUGCUGCCGAUGAGUUUCCGACUGAAGAGAUUAUAGAGCUGCAUCAUCGUCUGAGAGGUCCCCCGCAAGAAGAGUCUGAAGAUGAGGAGUUCGAUUCUGAGGCAGAAGACUACACGCGAGUGUCUGUGAAGAAAAGAGGUGGCACCAAAAAACGCAAAUCCAUCUCUGGUACUUCAAGAGAUGCCAAGAGACAGAAAAGUGACUCGCAUGAAGACGACGAGUCCAUGACGACACGGCUAGUUGAGACGCAGUUGGAAGGCGAGCAGGCAAUUGAAGAGGGCGAGUCUCACUUGACGUAUCUCUGCAUUCAGGAACGGAACUUCAAAAUGGUACAGAACGUUGUCGAAAGUCUGCUGAAAGCAGCAAAGAACCACUCGACUUCUAAGGCAAUUGCCUCAUCAAUUCCUGCGGUCUUCCCUAUCAGCAGUCAUGCAUAUCACAAGAUGAGUAACGGUAAGGAUCCGAAAGGUUUCCCAACCGCGGAGUCCACCGGUAUCCCAGCUUUGGGUAAUUGGCUUACCGAUACGUCUCUUCCCAUUAGGGAAGCAUGGGUUGACAGCGACCUGCAUCAUAUUCAGGUGCUUUUCGACGCGGUUCAUGGAUGGACGCAGGAUGACUUUAAUACCUUGCCGAUUCUCACCACAGAUGAGAAGAAGAAAGUUCGACAAGCAGUCCGUGAUGUUGGUGACGAUUUGAAGCAAAUCAUAAAUAAGCUGAAGAGCAAGAUCCAACGCCAUUUGAUCCUCAUGAAGCCAUUAAGACAGAAGAAUCUUGUGAGAACAGCCUACAUCAGGCUUGGCGAGAACGGGGAAGACCAGGUAGAGAGGUCGUUUAACAACCUCAAACAUGCCGUCAAGGCAUGGGAGAGAAAGAACCCGAGAGGCCAUGCGUCUUCUGCAGGCAAACAUGAGAAGCUGCACUGGAGUACCUACAAGGCUUCGAUCAGGAGACACGGAGGUCUUUAUAGAACUGUUCCGAAAAAGGGCGCAGCUCGACGCACCUUCAACUGGAUGGCUGAUGUGCAUACAUCAUUCUGGAGAGGGCACCAUGAGAAGUGGCAAACUGCCUUCUCGCGCAAAUUUCCCACACUAAAAGACAAGGUCAGGGGCACCGUACACCUCGCGUUCGAAAAAUGGAUCGGACUUCUUCUGGGCGACGAGGAGCUUCCGGUCUCAUUCCGGGACAUGGUGAGGAAGAACUCUUACAAAAUGGAAAACGUCUUCCUGUUCUUCACAGACAAGAUUUUGGCCAGCAUAGAUGCCCUUCGCCUCAAGGCUUUGAGAAUGUCAAAGGUUGACGUUCUGAGCAAGCUGCUCCAGGAGAUGAAGCCGGGUUUCGAGGCCGCGCUCAGUAAGACGGGCAAGGGAAUCAUGAAGAGGCAGUCGGCAGAGAUAUCCGAGCACGUGCAGAGCGUAGGUUUCGCCAUGUUCGGAAAGGCUCGCGAUGACCUCGAGGUGAAACUCAGAGACGAGGUACACCAGGUGAUUCUCGCCACUAAGCGUUACUGGCAAGAGCCCAAGGACGGCUGUGGCGCGAUGAUGCACAAGGAGUUCAAGCGCAUCUCAACCCGGCUCUGCGCUAAUAAAAGCAAGAAGAACGAUGAUGCCGACGAGAUCAACGAGGAGACGGAGAAGAAGCUCAUUGAUCUCAUUGGUGUCUGGCGGAAGGAGUGGGAGAAAGUUCAAGCUCGUCUUCCUCAGGCUGCGCCCUUGAUCGCUUUUGAUGAUCACGAUGACGACGAUGACACUAGCAACGAGUUUGCCAAGGAGGAUGAGCUUGCCGAGGCGACGGCGCGCGGUGAGAUCGUUUUCAAAAAGGAGCCUAGUGAGGGCAAUGAGUAA